AUGAGUGCCGAGGGCUACCAGUACCGGGCGCUGUAUGAUUACAAAAAGGAACGAGAAGAAGAUAUUGACUUGCACUUGGGCGAUGUAUUGACUGUGAAUAAAGGGUCUUUAGUAGCUCUUGGAUUCAGUGACGGACAGGAAGCCAGGCCUGAAGAAAUUGGCUGGUUAAAUGGUUAUAAUGAAACCACGGGGGAAAGAGGGGACUUUCCAGGAACUUACGUUGAAUAUAUUGGAAGGAAAAAAAUCUCGCCUCCCACACCAAAGCCCCGACCACCUCGACCCCUUCCUGUUGCACCAGGUUCUUCAAAAGCUGAAGCAGACAGUGAGCAACAACAAGCUUUGGCUCUGCCAGAUCUUGCUGAGCAGUUUGCCCCUCCUGACAUCGCUCCGCCUCUUCUUGUGAAGCUAGUGGAAGCCAUUGAAAAGAAAGGUCUGGAAUGUUCAACUUUAUACAGAACACAGAGCUCCAGCAACCCAGCAGAAUUACGACAGCUUCUUGAUUGUGAUGCCGCCUCCGUGGACUUGGAAAUGAUCGAUGUGCAAGUUUUAGGAGACGCUUUCAAACGCUAUCUUAUGGACUUACCGAAUCCUGUCAUUCCAGUAGCCGUUUACAAUGAGAUGCUUUAUUUAGCCCAAGAAGUACAAAGCCCUGAAGAAUAUAUCCAGCUGUUGAAGAAGCUCAUUAGGGCACCUAACAUACCUCAUCAGUAUUGGCUUACGCUUCAGUAUUUGCUAAAACAUUUCUUCAAGCUCUCUCAAAUCUCCAGCAAGAAUCUUCUGAAUGCAAGAGUACUCUCUGAACUUUUCAGCCCUCUGCUUUUCAGAUUCCCAGCAGCCAGCUCUGAGAAUACUGAACACCUCAUAAAAGUUAUAGAAAUUUUAAUCUCGACCGAGUGGAAUGAACGACAGCCUGCACCAGCAUUGCCUCCUAAACCACCCAAACCCACUACUGUAGCCAACAACGGUAUGAAUAACAAUAUGUCCUUACAAGAUGCUGAAUGGUACUGGGGAGAUAUCUCAAGGGAAGAAGUGAAUGAAAAACUUCGAGAUACAGCUGAUGGGACCUUUUUGGUACGAGACGCAUCUACUAAAAUGCACGGUGAUUAUACUCUUACACUAAGGAAAGGAGGAAAUAACAAGUUAAUCAAAAUAUUUCACCGAGAUGGGAAAUAUGGCUUCUCUGACCCACUAACCUUCAACUCUGUGGUUGAACUAAUAAACCACUACCGGAAUGAGUCCCUAGCUCAGUAUAAUCCCAAACUGGACGUGAAAUUACUUUAUCCAGUAUCCAAAUACCAACAGGAUCAAGUUGUCAAAGAAGAUAAUAUUGAAGCUGUAGGGAAAAAAUUACAUGAAUAUAACACUCAAUUUCAAGAAAAAAGUCGGGAAUAUGAUAGAUUAUAUGAAGAUUAUACCCGUACUUCCCAGGAAAUCCAGAUGAAAAGAACAGCUAUUGAAGCAUUUAAUGAAACCAUAAAAAUAUUUGAAGAGCAGUGCCAAAGCCAAGAACGGUACAGCAAAGAAUACAUAGAAAAAUUUAAACGGGAAGGCAAUGAGAAAGAAAUACAAAGGAUUAUGCAUAAUUAUGAAAAGUUGAAGUCUCGCAUCAGCGAAAUUGUGGACAGUAGAAGACGACUGGAGGAGGACUUGAAGAAACAGGCAGCUGAGUAUCGGGAGAUUGACAAGCGCAUGAACAGCAUUAAACCAGACCUCAUUCAGCUGAGAAAGACAAGAGACCAAUACUUGAUGUGGUUGACUCAGAAAGGUGUUCGGCAGAAGAAGCUGAACGAGUGGCUGGGCAAUGAGAACACUGAAGACCAAUACUCGCUGGUGGAGGAUGAUGAGGAUUUGCCGCACCACGACGAGAAGACAUGGAAUGUCGGCAGCAGCAACAGAAACAAGGCUGAAAACCUACUCCGGGGGAAGCGAGAUGGCACCUUCCUGGUCCGGGAAAGCAGUAAACAGGGCUGCUAUGCCUGCUCGGUAGUGGUGGAUGGCGAAGUGAAGCACUGUGUCAUCAACAAAACGGCAACUGGCUACGGCUUUGCCGAGCCCUAUAACCUGUACAGCUCCCUGAAAGAGCUGGUGCUACAUUACCAACACACCUCCCUUGUGCAGCACAACGACUCCCUCAACGUCACACUAGCCUACCCGGUAUAUGCACAGCAGAGGCGAUGA